UCUAUGGUGAGUCAGAGCUGGGAGGACUCCCGGGUUUUUCAUCUGCUGCCCUGCACGAUUCUGCCAGAAAGUGCGGAGCUUUGCUUUGGAGGACGAGGGUGCCAGACCUCUGCGUCUCUGUGAUGGAGAAGAAGCACGCCAGCAGCUUGAUGUUCGCAAAGGCACAGAGGCGCCAGGCUUCAAAGGAAGGCCCCGUCGUCGGGCAGCUGGCUCCUUCCCGCUUGCCUGGAAGUCGGGGUCAGGAGGGGGGCCGCAGGAUCUCAUAUCGUGUGCAUUACACUUGGAACCGGGGCGGGAGGGUGAAAGAGCUCCGCAUCAGACACCUAGCCAGGAAGUUCCUUUCCCUGUGGAUGAAGAAGGUGUUUGGAAGAGUCCGUCCAUCCAGGGCCAGAGGUUACUGCGAUCGGAAGGCGCUGGAGAAAGCCUUCGGCGUGUGGAAGGAGGAAUGGUGGGCGGCUUGCAGGGAAUGGAAGCUUACAGUCCGAGCCGAUUGCCACCACAGGUAUUUCUUAUACAACCUGAUCUUUUGGGCCUGGAGGCGCUACGUAGCCCAGGAGCGAGAGAAGAAGCUGCGCUCCUGUCUUGCAGAAGUACAGGCGGCGCGAGCGAGAACCCUUUGGGGCUGGCGCCGCUGGCUCAGCUACGUGGAAAUACGCCGGGUGAAGCAAAGGAUGCGCCUGGAGGCGCUGUGCUUCAGGGAGCAGAGCACCCUCUGGGAGUCCUGGAGACGGUGGAGGAAACGGUGGCAACGGAGGCGCCUGGUCUGUGAAAUGGACUCGCAGGCGCUCCGGCACUGGGCACAAAGCCUGCAGCUUCGGGUCUGGAUCCGGUGGAAAGACCUCCUGGGCCGCAUCCAGAAGGAGAAAGAAGAAGAAGGCAGGGCAGCAAGACACAGCCGGCGCCGGGCCAUGAGGAAGGCCCUGGGAUCCUGGCGCGUCUACAUGCAGGUCCGGAGAGAGAAGACCCUUCAGGCUGGCCUGGCUCUGGCGCACCGACAUACCUGCGUGGCCCUUUGGUGCUUCUCUACCUGGCGGCGGACUUGGGAACGGAGACAGCAACUGUGGGGACACCAGGAGCGCCUGGCGCAGUUGGCAGGAAGGGUGGCCGCACGGAGGGGGCUCGCCCGCUGGAAGCAGUAUGUGGCGUUGCGCGCAGACUCGAGGAUGCAGGAUGAGCUGGCUGAGCGCCACUACGGGCGCCGGCUCUUGCGCCGUGGGCUGACAGCCUUGCGGAGGAAUGUUGUGGAGGCGUCCGUCAAACAGAUAAGGAGGAACCUGGCCCAUCAGCAGCACCGGAUUGCACUCUUGAAAAGGUUCUGGGGUGGCUGGAAAUCUCUCUUGGAGCAGAAGGAGGAAGAUCAGCUCCACUCCCUGACGCUGGCAGCAAACGCCCACUACAGCUCAGUGCUGCUGCGCCGAUGCCUCCGGACCUGGUGCCACCACGCCAGCAGGAGACAACACCAGACGCUGCUGUACACCAGAGCAGAAAGGCACCACGAGAGCGUCAUCUUGACAGCCACUUUCCGGGCCUGGAAGCAGUUCACGGAGCAUCAGGGCUGCUGGAGAGAGAAGGAAAGGAUGGCCGUCUGCUUUCACAGGGAAACCUGGACCUGCCGCUUCUUUGAAAGAUGGCGGCUGAGAGAACACCAACACCGGAAGAAUCGGGCAGAAAAGGAAAAGGCCCUCUGGCAUUCCGAGCAGUGCCUGCUGUCCCAUUUUUGGUGCUUGUGGCGGAGGAGAACUCUGGCCUGCCUGGAGGAAAACAAGGCCGCUUCCAAGGCCAAAGAGCAUCACCGCUACUGGGCGCUGAGGAUGGCGUUCUGUCUCUGGAAGGAGAAUGUUCAGGAAAUGAGGAGAGGGAGACUGAAGGAGUCCAGCGCUUCAGGGUUCCACUCGGCCCAGCUCCAGCGGCGCGCAUGGGACCAAUGGCGACAGUAUUUGAGGUACCGGUCAGAGAAGUGGAGGAAGCGAGGGAGAGCCGAGGCCCACCACCAGCGGGUUUGGUUGGCCCGCCUCUUUGACGCCUGGAAGGCCUACCAAAGCCAUGUGAGGCUCAUUCUGGCCCAAGUGGCUGAAAAGGAGAGAGGCCACCACCGGGCGCUUCUACGGCAGGCCCUUCGCAUCUGGAGGGAGAACGCGGCCGAUCGCAAGCGGGAGGUUCGGAAGGCCGCCCAGGCCGAGCAGCAGUACGCGAGGACCCUCCUCGGCAAGGUGAUGCUUCGGUGGAGGGACGCGGCCUCCCUGCGCGCCUACGCCCGUCAGCAGAAGGGGGCUGCGGUGGAGGAGGCCAGGAGACAUCUGGAGAGAGGGAGGCUGGAGGGAGUGUUCCUCCGCUGGAGGGAGAGCUACCUGCGAGCCUCAAGGCAGAGAGGGCUGCUGGUCCUGGCCACCCACCACCGCGAGAGGAGGUUGCUGAACCAGUGCAUGGCCGGGUGGAAGCAGGAUCACCUCCGGCGUGUAAGGAAGAGGCUCCUGGAGAGGCAAGGGGAGCAGCUUCUGGCCCGGCGGCUUUCCUCCACCUGCUUUGCAUCAUGGAAGGCACAGCUCGCCCGCCGGCACUGGGAGCAGAAGGAAACCGUCCGGGCGCUGUGGCAUUGGUCCCGGGCGCUGCAGGGAAAGGUGUUGGAUGCCUGGGCAGGAUUUGUCCUGGAACAGCAGCGGAAGAAGGGCCGGCUGGAGAGGGCCGUGGCUGUCUACCAGGCUGACCUGCUUCGGGAAGGCGUGACCCGCAUCCUCCGGUACACGGCCAGCAUGAAGCAGUUUCGAGGGCAGCUGCAAGCCCAGCGCCAGCUGGAGGUCGCCUCUCAUCGCCACCGGUCGGUCUCUCGCUGCGCCGCGCUGUGGAAAGAGAAGGCUCUCUGCCGGAAAGCCAGCGCCUCCCUCCCGGGGGCCGCACUCAAGAAGCGAGUGACGUUCCAGGCGUCUGCCCCGGCUGCCCCCUCCGGCCCCGAGAAUGGAGGUCGCCGUCUGUGGCCUCUCCAGAGCGACCGCCGGCCCCUCCUUCUUCGGGCUGCUGGAGACUCUGUCCUGUCCGAGCUGAACGCAGCCCGGCAGUCCAGGUCGCAGCCGCGUCGACCCCACUUCCUGCAUCCCUCGCUGGAGAGACGGGAAUUGCCUUGGUCGGCCUGGAACGGGCCAGAAAGCCAUGCGGGAAAUGUGCCCCGAGGAUUUCCGGGGGAACCGCCAGCAACCCUGGGGGCCCUGCUCGGCUCAUUGGCCCUGAGGAAGGGCGGUUCUCCUCCCCAGCCAAACGGCGCCAGUGCCCUGCUCCUUCCCCCUCCCGAAUCGGCUCCGGUAGCCCUUGCGGCACCUCAGCAUCCCGGCGCUUUCUGUCCAAACCCAGAGCUGCUCCCUCCCUCCGCCUUCAUGAAACAGCUGGGAGAGAAAGCAGAAGCGGGGGAGCCUUCCUGUCUUCAGGGCGGACGGCCUGUGGGGAGCCCUCCCUGUUCCACACCCGGCAAGACGCAGGCAGCGGCCGGCCUCGGCACAGAUUUGCUGUUGCCCGGAGGUUCUGCCAGGAGAGUGGGCCCUCUUCCCCUUGCCGAGAGAUCAGGAACCAAAGUGCAAGAGAAAGAAAAGGGUCUUAAACAGGAGCCGGAAGGUCACCGACCCCUUGAGGCAGAGCUGAGACUCAUUGGGCAGAAAAUGCAGGCUCAUUACGAGAAGCAGCAAGAGCUGAGGUCCUGCCAGCGGCAAGAGCGCAUCCUGUGUAAGUGGCUAGAGGUGGGCCCGGGGCCCGAGGAGCAAGCAGAGGGGCAGCGAGUGCGAGAAGCGCUGCAACAGCUCAAAGUCCAGAUCGACUCCCUCAGGAAGGACCUGGACGGAGAGCAUCAACUGAUGCAGCGGUACCUCGCCCGGGUCAAGGACAUUCGACGUAUUCUCAGUACCUGAAUACCCGGAACGCGGUGGCGUGAUAGGCAGCUCGUGGGCUGACCGGAGGAGCCACCCGUCCAGUUAGGCGGUCCUUCCACGCACCCGUACAAAAAAGUCCCACUGAACUCCGUGGGACU